AGAGAGGAUGAUACCGAAAUCCUUUCACAAGUAUUUUAUUGCCUCAUCUUACAAAUUGCCAAGUGCCUUCAAGUCAAAAGGGAAGCUCAGCACACAGAGUACCCCCAGCAAGACCUCCAGAGCCACUCCACAGGUAAAACAAGAACAAAAGAAAAGUACCGAGUGGUUUACACAGAUCAUCAGAGACUAGAAUUAGAGAAGGAGUUUCACUGCAACAGAUACAUUACGAUAAGGAGGAAGUCAGAACUGGCAGCAAACCUGGGACUGUCUGAGAGACAGGUGAAAAUCUGGUUCCAGAACCGCCGAGCCAAAGAAAGAAAAAUGAUCAAGAAAAAAAUCUCUCAGUUUGAUGGCAGUGGGGGCUCAGCUCAGAGUGACUCUGGCUCACUCAGCCCAAAUGAAAUAUCCAGUUCUCUGUUCCCACCACCACAUGGAAUAAACGGAUUACAGCCUAAUGACAUUCAUCAAGUCAUAGUUUCAGAAUGA